GCGGAGCAGCGGUGGGACCGCUUUGUGGCAGAGCAGCAGUUCAAGCAGCUGCACGGCGCUGCGCGGUGCCUGCAGCAGCAGCUCGGCGGCGGCAGGACCGGCAGCGGCGGCGGCCCAUGCAGCAGCGGCAGCAGCGGUCGCGGCGUUGGGUCCGAGCGGGCGUCGUCGCAACAACCGGCUGCGCCCGGCGCGGCCGGCGGGGCCGUCUGCCUGCCGUGCAUUGUCAGCACGGGCGGGGCGGGGCGCGAGCACGCACUUGUCAUCAGCAGCGUCAGCAAAUGCGGCAGCACCGCAAGCGGCGCGGCGGCUGCCCCUGCUGUCGGCGGGUGCAUCCCCUGCACUGUGCUGCACGCCUCCCCAGCAGAUGACGAGCCCUGCGGCAGCAGCCCUGACGACGGCGACAGCAACGCCUGCGACAGCGCGGCGGCGGCGGCUGUUCGCGGCCCCAAAAUUGUCGUCACAGGCUCAGCUGGUCGCAAGGGGCCGCCCUAG